CAGAUUGGCGGAGGAGAAGUUUGUGUAGCGCCGACAAAUUCUACACACCACAGGCGGGCGUAACACACCGCGCUAAGAAGAAGAAACAGGAUUGUUAAUAACUUUUUUGGAUUGUUUGAGGACUGUAAUGUCAGCAUUGUGUUAAUUUCCGUUUUAUCUAAGGUCUCAUAAUUAUUAUUAAUAUUUUAAAGUUAACGUUAAAACAAAAACAAAAAAAAACAGUAGCAACGAGAGCGAACGGUUCUGGAUUUAUGCCCAUCACGUUAUAAUCAACGCCUUUAUUACUGCGUCGUUUUUUGUUUUUCUGGAUGAGUUUUUGCGUCCCGUAAUUAAUGAAUAGGUUCCUAUCGCUUCAAAGUGUGUUGCAUCUCCCACCGGGCGGUCUCGUAUGAACCGCGUAGAGGCAGCGACGAGGGGUCGGGGGCUCCGCAAGCAGAGCCGGGCUUCAGGAUGAAGAUGUCGCGCGGAGGACGCCUGUUCCUGGCGACGUGCCUCGGCUCGCUCUUCGUUCUCGUGCUGUACUUUCAGAGCAUCACCAAACCAGAAGCUGGUUUGAAGACUGGCCGUAGACCAGGGAAAAGCAGGAGAAGUCCACUGCCGACCCUUUAUAAUGGAGACCAACAGCCGGAACUGUUGGCAGCUCACACGUCCCUCCAAGGCCGCAGGGAGCUGCUGGAGCAGGCAUGUCUGGGCCACAUGAGGAAGCGCCGCGUGCUUUCACCCGAGGAUCUCAAACACCUGAUUGUUGAUGACAAGCACAGCCUUAUUUACUGCUACGUACCCAAGGUAGCCUGCACUAACUGGAAGCGUGUCCUCAUGGUCCUCACCAGCGACGGCCGCUACACCGACCCCCUCGCCAUCCCUGCAAAUGAGGCCCACGUCGCAGGUAACCUCCGCACGCUUUCCGAGUUCUCGGUCGCGGAGAUCAACCAGCGCCUUCGCAGCUACCUCAAGUUCAUCUUCGUGCGGGAACCCUUCGAGCGGCUGGUGUCGGCCUACAGAAACAAAUUCACACGCAGAUACAACACUGCCUUCCACAAACGCUACGGAACCAAAAUCAUCCGCCGGCACAGGCUCAACCCCAAGCCUGAAGCCCUUGAGAAAGGAGAUGACGUGUCUUUCCCUGAGUUUGUCCAGUAUCUCGUGGACCCUCGGACACAACGGGAGGAACCUUUUAAUGAGCACUGGGAGCGAGUGCACUCCCUUUGCCAUCCCUGCCUGAUCCACUAUAAUGUGGUGGGGAAAUACGAGACUCUGGAGGCUGAUGCUCAGGCCGUGCUCACAUUAGCCGGAGUGGAGGGGACACUUCAAUUUCCAACAUCUGGGAAGACCACCAGAACAGACGGCCACAUGGCAGCACGUUACUUUAAGCACAUCAGUCCUUUGUAUCAGAAGAAACUGUUCAACCUGUAUCGAAUGGACUUCUUGCUCUUCAACUACUCCACACCAGAGUAUCUCAGGACUCGAUGAGCACCACUUGUCCUUUGAUAAUUUAGCACUUUGAGUUGCUACUUUUGUAUCAUUCCCUGCAUUUGUGUGGUUCAUCACAAGCACAAACUUGUCACUGGGACUCUCCGAGGAAAGCCGGUGACGGUUGCGGAGAGUCGCUUGAUUUUCUGGUUUCAUUUACUCAGUAAUUCCAGAAAGUCAAGCCACUCAAAAUUCUGCCAGGGAAGAAGACAGACGAUAUGUGUGUGCCCUUAUCUACUGAGUGAGGAUGGUGUUUGUUUUUAGCAUAAAAGAAUGCAGAAGCAGGUGACACAUGAUCUCCAUACAAACGGAUCCUUUUGGUGUUUAUUUCCAUUUCUCACCAUAAUUUUGUUUCAUCAAAUUUAGCAAACCUUGCUUUGAUUUUUAGUUUCAUCAUUGUAGAGGUGGGGAAAUUUGCUUCACAAUCAUUUUUCUGCAGUGCUCACUACAAUUUUUUUUCCAUCUUCUCAGACUUAUGAAAUCAGUACUUCAGAGGAGCAGGUUCUCUUCUCGCACUGAGCACAGUGUCGCCAGAUCUUAGGAAGGCCUUUAUUUAUGUCAGUAUUUAUUGUUUUAGAAAACGAGGAUUUGGGCUCAUUUUUCAGAGAAAGUGUUUUUUUUUUCUGAAAGAACAAAAGCUUUUCUCAGAGUGAAUAUCUUGUUGUCUCAGCUCUUGCACAUUAACUGAUGCUAAAACAGAAAAUUGUCAUCAUAUAUCAGCCUCCUGCUGAAAAGCUGCACAACUCUUGUUCACACCAACUCCCACAGAUCUGAGAGGGAUUUCCAGGGACACUCCCUCAUUCCAGCAAAAGUUUGUUGCCAUCCUUUAUCUAUCGCUGCCUGUAUUUAGCUCUGGGCAGGUAGGUUGAAUAAACAACCACAUAGCUGUGGUCGGGGCUGAGUCUAGCCCAGCGCUACCCCUGGUCAGAGCUCCCCUUGUUGGAGUGUAUGCAAGCACAUGGAGGUUUAAUCCACCUAUGGUCAUCUGCACUGCAGAGCCUUGUUCAGUAAAUAUGAUGAGUACACUGUUUGACCUUCAUUAACUCUUUCAAUAUGCAUUUAAGAUUGGCUUGAAACAUUUGCCAAAGAUAAAAAUAACUUGUUUAAAAUUCACAAUACCUCAGAUACUUCCUUGCAGUCGUCAGUGAGAGAUCUGCUAAAAUUUGUUUAGGAAUAAUAUUAAACUGAAGUUUCUCAGAGUUGCACAGUCUAUCAAGAGCUGGGAUUGCUUAGUCUAGGUUGCGAAGGCAUGACCACAAAAACAACAGAAGCGAACAUUUCCAUUAAAUACACACGUCCUGCAGUUUGCUCAGUGUACACUGAAGCCAGUGCUUUAAAAGGUGCCGCUGUUUAAUCUCAUUUCCAAGUCUUCCAGGUUUCUGUUGUAAAGGAUGUUAUUUUAAUCAGACACAUGCCAAUCUUUGUUAUUGUUACUAUUUUCCUGUAAUUAUGCUUUGAAAAGUGCAAUAUUAGUAUGUGUUAGAAGCUGUGUCUUUAUUCAAGCCUUAAUUUUGUGCCAUAUUUGAUUUUUCUGUUGCAGCUGUGGAUUACAGGGUGUUCCUUUCCAGUGCUUUCCUGUGUAAUUUAAGCAAUAAUGUACAAGAAGCUGCAACUUGGCAAAACCUGAUCAUACAUUUUUUUUUUUUUCUCUUCUGGUUUGACAUGCUGCACAAAAUACAUGCUUCACCUUUUAAUUUUGAAUCUAGUAAAUCUUCGUCUGAGGUGCGCUGACGCUGCUGUGUGGGACACAGCUAGUCAAAGAAGCCAUUUUCUGUAGAAAUGUUCCUCGAGUCAGAUCUUUGUCACGGUGAGUCAUCGUGAAAUGGUGAACAGAGCACAGUUGGAAAGAAUUUCUAAUGAAUUUGUGACACCAAGCUGUGAAUUUGAUAACUGAAGUGCACUUCCUGAUGUAAUAGUGAAUGACUGGUUACCUUGAAGUUUCAAAAAAUACAAACCCACAAUGGCAGCACUGUGUGUGCGUGUCUGUUUUAUCAUUACAAACUGGUUUCUUACACUUGAACAUAUUUGAAUACAGGUGUGCAGAAACGAUACCUCCGGGUGUUUUGCCCUGAUUUCUGCAAUUCAUGCAGGCACUAUUCAUGCAUUCUUGGCACUUUCACCUGAUGGCAGUUGGAAAGGUAAAAUAGCCCAAAACUGUAAACCCAUACACAUGGUGCAGUAGUAGUACUUUUUUGUCCAAU